CAUUAUUUACACGUUCACGUUGACGAACGAGCCGGUGUUUACAGUGUGGCAUUUUUCGCAAUCAACUUAUAAUUUUUCACACAAAUUUCAUCACUUCCACACUAUUUAAAAUACAUCAAAAAUUGUAAAAAUGUCUAGUGAUAUUCAAGCAGAAACCCGAAGGCUCAAGAAAGUGGAACACGAAAUUCGGCUGCUGCAAAAGGACAUGGAAGAUGCCCGCAAUAAUGUGGGACUGGGUGAGAAUAACCCCGAACUCGAGAAGCUGCAAGUGGAGAAUACAAAACUAAAGCAUCGCCUGAUUAUUUUGAAUAAGGCGAUUGCAGCCGAACAAGGUCACGCUUCCGGUUCGAAAUGUCCAUCGACAUCUGACGGAGCGCUGUCGAUUUUGGACCACUUGAACGAUUUGUUUACGCAAGCCAUUGCCACGGCGUUCCCGCAGGUGUGCCAGGACGUUCCGGCAGUAAUAACCGUGUCCAGUGCGGCCAAGUUCGGAGAUUACCAGUGUAACAAUGCGAUGCAGAUUGUGCAAAAGCUGAAGGCGCUUGAUGUGAAGACGAAUCCCCGUGAUGUGGCCAACAAGUUGAUGGAGGCGUUGCCUGCGUCGCCGGCCGUUAGCAAGGUUGAAGUGGCCGGCGCCGGGUUUGUCAAUGUGUUUCUGGAUAAGAAGUUUGGUGCUUCGGCCGUUAUGGCUAUUUUGAAAAAGGGCGUUCGGCCACCGCAGUUCGAUAGGAAGCGAGUUAUUGUGGACUUCUCGUCGCCGAACAUUGCCAAGGAGAUGCACGUGGGCCAUUUGCGGUCGACUAUUAUUGGGGAUUCGAUUUGUCGGUUUUUGGAAUUCUUAGGACACGAUGUUCUGAGGCUGAACCAUGUGGGAGAUUGGGGCACUCAGUUUGGAAUGCUGAUUGCCCAUCUGCAGGACAGGUUCCCGGAUUAUUUGAAGGUUUCGCCUCCAAUUAGUGACCUGCAGGCAUUCUACAAGGAGAGCAAGACAAGGUUCGAUUCCGACGAGGAUUUCAAGAAGCGCGCGUAUGCUUGCGUGGUCAAACUUCAAAGCGGUGACGCAGAUUCUAUGAAAGCUUGGAAAUUAAUUUGCGACGUUUCCCGGAAAGAGUUCCAAAAAGUCUACGACCGUCUGGAUGUUAAACUUGUCGAACGAGGUGAAUCGUUCUACCAGAAGCGAAUGGAAUCCAUCGUGAAAGAAUUGGCCGAAGCAGGCUUCCUGGAGGAAGACGAAGGUCGUAAGAUCAUGUGGGGGGAGAAUCGUGACGGAAUUCCGUUGACGAUUAUUAAAUCCGACGGAGGAUUCACGUACGAUACUUCCGAUAUGGCCGCAAUCAAACAACGUCUGUACGAGGAGAAAGGCGAGUGGCUAGUGUACGUAACGGAUGCCGGUCAGGCCACUCACUUUCAGACGAUCUUCUCCUGCGCUCGGCGUGCCAAAAUCCUGGAUGCCAAUGCCCAUCGCGUGGACCACGUUGGUUUUGGUGUGGUUCUAGGUGAGGACGGCAAAAAGUUCAAAACCCGUUCGGGUGACACCGUUAAACUGACGGAACUGCUGGACGAAGGUUUGAAGCGAUCGCUGGAUAAGCUGCUCGAAAAAGAACGCGACAAGGUGCUCACCCCGGAGGAACUCAAGCAGGCUCAAGAGUCGGUGGCAUAUGGUUGCAUCAAAUAUGCCGACCUCUCGCACAACAGGAACAACGAGUACAUUUUCUCUUUCGAUAAGAUGCUAGAGGACAAGGGUAACACGGCAGUUUAUUUGCUCUACGCUUACACCCGCAUUCGUUCCAUCGCUCGCAACUGCGGAGGAGAUUUCGCCGCCAACAUCGAGAAGGUUAUCGACACCACCGAACUGACACUCGAUCACGAAAAGGAAUGGAAACUGGCGAAGGUGCUGCUGAAAUUCACCGAUGUCAUGAAGCUGAUUUCGAAGAACCUCUGCCUGCAUCACCUUUGCGAGUUUGUGUACGAAGUUAGCACAACGUUCACGGAGUUCUACGAUAGCUGCUACUGUAUCGAGAAGAACAAGCAAGGAGAAAUUGUGAAGAUCAACGCUGGACGUGUCUUACUGUGUGAAGCAACAUCACGAAUUUUGGGGAAAUGCUUCGAUAUCCUUGGUUUGAAACCUUUGCAUAAGAUAUAAACGUACUUGUUAUAUCGUUGAAUAUGAAAAUCGUAUCACUUUCAAUAAAUUUUUGCUAUCA